UAUAACAAACAACAGAUAACUGUUAAAGCUGCCAAACUUUAAACUUUUAGGUGUGCUUUGAAAUAUUCUGUUUAUCGGACAUCGUAUAAUCAUGAAGCACAAAUUACUUUGGAUUAAAAUUUUUGUCAUUUUACUCUUCGUAAAUGUGCCCUUACAUGGCUCCCAGGUAUCUACUGACGAACGAGGUUUUGUUGGUGAGGAGACUGUACAAGGAGUUCAGGUGCCCCUCACUGCCAUGAAUGUGCUUGACAGCAGCCUCACCAAAGUCUUCUUCCCUGUCGUUUACAUCAUCAUCUUCAUCGUGGGCCUGCCCACCAACGCUAUGGCCAUAUGGGUCUUCCUCUUCAGAACGAAGAAGAAGCACCCAGCGUCCAUCCUAAUGGUCAACCUUGCACUGGCCGAUCUGCUCUUCAUCAUCUGGCUGCCACUGAAGAUUGCCUAUCACUUUAACGGCAAUAACUGGAUCUUUGGUGAACCUCUGUGUAAAGUGUUGGUGGGUUUUUUCUAUGGCAAUAUGUACUGCUCCACCAUCUUCAUAGCAUGUAUCAGUGUGCAGCGCUACUGGGUAAUAGUGCAUCCACUUUCCCAGCAGAAGAGGAAUAACCGGGCAGCAGUGUGUGUGUCGCUAUGUGUGUGGUUCAUCGUCUGGCUCAUCACUGUGCCUCUCUACCUGUAUGAUCAGACUGUUAAUGUAACCAACCUUGGCAUUGUCACCUGCCAUGAUGUCACUCGUCCUAGCCACUCAAGCAUACCUGUUGGGUACUUCCUGACUAUGGGCAUUGUGGGAUAUGUAAUUCCUACUGUCAUAUGUAUCGUAACAUAUGUCUUGAUGUUUCGCUCUCUGAGCAGUUCCAUGACAGAUGCUAGUGUCAGUGAAAAGAGGAAGAAGGCCAUCAUCCUCAUCGUCACCGUGCUUGUGAUGUUCCUGGUGUGUUUCACUCCCAGUAACAUCAUGCUAAUGGUGCAUUACUCUGUAAUGGCUGCCAAAAUUCAGAACAAUGGUUAUGGCUUCUAUAUCGUCAGUCUGUGCCUGUCCAGCCUCAACAGCUGUGUGGACCCCUUUGUGUACUAUUUCAUCUCAGGGGAGUUCAGAGAGCAUGUGAAGAACACACUAAAAUGUCGCAGUGAGCGCACAGCGAAUAGAAUGAAGGUAUCCUUCAGUGCGCUUAAGUUCUCUAAGAAAAGUAAAACCUACACCUCUGACUCCACCAAAGAGAGCAACACCUGCACAUCUAACUCUGCCCUCUACUGAGGGCAAAAUGCACUUUGUUUUUAUACUCUUUAGAAUGACUUACACAGACUAACCAUUCUCAUCCCACAAAGUCUUAUUCUGAAGUUUGAAUAUUGGCCAGAUUAUUCAAUGUAUAUUUAUAUGUGUAAACAUUCAGAUUUCUCCACUGGCUCUCCACUUGAGGUUUAAUGAAACUUUCCAUACUUGUUGCAGUGUAUUGACUAUCAUAAACACUGUGACCACCAAGCCUUUUUUAUAUAGAUUUGUAAAAAGAAGGGCUUGUUGCAAAAGUGUGCAGCAGAUAGCAUAACAUCAACCUCAAAAGGCUUGGUAGUGUUUUGUGUUUUUUUAAAAAGUGAGAAGCUCAAAUGUGGAUGAAUGUAUAAAUGCAUCUAGGAGGGGGUGUUUCAAUUAAUUAAAUCAGACUUCUGCCUAUCACACUUCUGUCACACUCUCUCAAACUUUGAUACAAAAGGUUGUCCUGUCUAUUCAAAUCAGUUAGUAAGCACUAGCUAUACUGAACACUUUUAUUGGGCAUGGUUAUGCCAGAAAGAUGUACUGGCCAGUAAAUAUCAACUUAUCUCAGACAUUCAGAGAAUUCUGUGUGAUAGCUCAUGUCCAGGCCAUUCAAACAACCAAGAGUGCAAAGAGACAGUGUGUGACUAGUAGCCUGACCUAGAAGAAGCAUUUUCUCUCACUGACUGACUAAACACGCAUGUGUGGAGAAGAGUUCACUUAUCCAAGAAGAAUAGCUACUAUGUAGGUUAGCAGUAUGCACCUUGUUAUAUAUAAAGAUUGGAAGAGUGGUGGUUUUCUCCCAUAGUCACAUGACUAUAAAUAAAAAAGUAUAUAUGAUUAUAUCUUCUAUUGUUAGCAUAAGGGAAGUGGUGGGGAGAGUUUAAAUAUUUUACCUACAGCUUUCUGGUUCAUGAUUAUUUUUAUAUCAUGUAUACUGAUAUCAUGUAUACUGAUAUUGAUAUACAAAUGUAUACUUCACACUAAUCAUAACUAGUUUUUGAGUAUGAAGUAUAUAGCAUAUAGUAGUAUGAAGUAUGUAGAAGUAUAUAGUAUAAGAGUCAAAGGUACAAUUAAAAAUCCACAGUCUAUACUUAGAGCCGUUGGAUUUUUGAGUAUGGUGUUGAUGGACACUGUUGUCCUAAAUUGCAGUGUUAAAUGGAAAGGGAAGAAACCUUUAGCCUUUUUCUAGUAAGAAAGCACUGAUGUUUGCUGGUCAUCUUCAGGACUUGGAGCGAUUAGCUAUUGUUAGCUAGCAGGCUCUGAGGCACAUUUCCUAGCUGUGAGGCAACUAUAUGUGAAGUAUUUUUCAGGCAAAAAUCUUACAUUCUAGCAAUUACAAGUCUGACUGCCAUCUCAUUGUUAAAAUACAUAUAUCUCUGAUUGCCACCACAUUCUUAUAUGAUACACAACCUGCACAAGAAAUUCAAGGGCUUCAUGUAUACUAUCUCUUGAUAGCUUUAGCUAUAACACUUACUAAUGUACUUACUAAUCAGCACUGUAUGGUAGCAGCCCAGUAUCUUGAAAACUAGCUGGCCUCUGGGGACUAAGACGGUUUUCUUAGCAGUAAGAAUGCUAUCCACUUUCCUUGAAUUGGAAACACAUCUUUAUUCAAAAUUCAAUCCCAUACCAGUGACUCUUGCAUGAAAUAUUUGUGCUAUGGAUAGUGAUCUGAAAAAAAAGAGGCUUGCUUCAUUGUCGUGUUUGAUUAAAUACAUCAAUAGAGCACCACACUUUUUACAGUGCACUAAUGAAGAGUUUAAAAGUGAGCAAAGCAUUCAGAGUAAUCUCUCAGAGCUUAUAACAAAACUGUGGGUAUAUGAUCAUAAAGAUAUGCACUCUUUUGGUAUUGAUUUCUAAUAAAUGUGACUUUUCUAUUUUAGUGACAUGGAUAAUUUAUUGUUAAAAUGUUCUUAGAAGGAAAAUUAUUUUCUGUAUAAAUCUGUCCUUUAAACACAUUUUACUCUUGCCAUAGACAUAAGAAGUUUGACCAGCAAAAUGGUUGAAACCGGGUUGAUAAUAUUGGUCUCUGCUGAUGGAUAAUUCUAAAAAAUGGAACACACAUCUGCAUAAGAUUUCCUCUUUUAUGCUUCACUGUAACCUUCCAUUGUUGCUUUGACCAUAUAUGAUCUUCCAUUGCUGUUUUUGUCUAUAGAUGGUCUGCUAACACUGCUCAGUCUCUGAACAU